AUGACACAGCCAGUAACAUCACAGAAGAUCGAUAGAAAUAACACAAUGAUCAGGUGGUAUUGUAGUUACUACAGAGGCAUGAACGGGCAAGUUUUUCUUGAAAAUCUCAACACCACUCUUUCUAGCCUCAGAAAGCAGUUAUCCCGAAUCAAUAAUUAUCACGUCGUUUCAAAGACUGUGAUUAAUGGUGAAUCCGUCUAUGGUCAAGCUUUGUGCAGGGCACAUCUCUCGACAGCUGAGUGUCUAUCUUGUUUUGACUCAGCUGUUUCUUAUUUGAAAGUAUGUGGCCUCGGAAAUGGUGCUCAUGUUUUCUAUGAUGAUUGCGACCUCAGGUAUGAGAACAAAAACUUCUACAAUGAUGCGAUCAUGAAAACCGGUACUAUUGCAAUAUGUGGCAAUACUACAUCUUCACAUCCAAAGGAACAACUAAAAACAGCAAGUGGGUUGCUUUCAGAUCUUCGGAUUGUAAUACCAAAAAUACCAAGUUUCUUUGCUGCUUCCACAAGGCAAAUUACUGGAACCAAUGAAACUGUGUAUGCCAUUGCACAAUGUGGCCGCAACAUAAGCCAGAGUAUGUGUGCAGAAUGUUUAAAGAUCAGAUUUAGAUUAUUAGAUAAUUGUCUUCCUAGUACAUCGGGAAAGGCGAUUGACGACGGAUGUUUUAUGAGGUAUUCCGAAAUUCCAUUUUUUCAAGCCAAUCAAACAACCGAUAUCACAUCUUUCUUAACGAAUGGAUAUUCAAGAAAUUUGAGAUCCAUUAUAGGCGGAGUUGUUGGUGGUAUAGGAUUUCUUUUGGUCAUACUUGCAUUCUUCUUCUGGCGUCGUCAGUCCAAAAAGUCAAAACACCGCAGAGAAGAUAACUCAAGUGGAACAACCGACUUGUUGCAAAGGACAACAGUUUAUACCUACAAAGAUUUAAAAACCGCUACAAAUAACUUUUCGAAUGAAAAUAUAAUCGGAGGCGUGAUUAACAUGUUGUAUAAGGGUGUUAUGAAGGAUCAAGUUACUGUUGCAAUAAAGAAAAUUGUCGUAGCAUCUAAGAGUGGAAAAACCGACUUAGAUAGUGAAAUCCAAAUCAUCAGUAAUGUUCAUCACCGCUAUCUCGUACGUUUCCUUGGAUGUUGUCGUAAAGGACCUCACAUGUAUCUUGUCCUUGAGUACAUGGAAAAUGGUAGCCUUGAUAAAUUUCUCUAUGGUGACAAACGGGGUACCCUAAAUUGGCAACAAAGGUUUGAUAUAAUAUAUGGUACAGCCAGGGGUCUUGCAUAUCUACAUGAUCAAUACCAUGUCACGAUCAUUCAUAGCGAUAUAAAACCCAGCAACAUUUUGUUGGACAACGAAUUUCAACCGAAAAUUUCUGAUUUUGGCCUACUAAAACUAUUGCCGGAAGAUAAAAGUCAUCUCAGCACCAAAGUUAGCGCGAAAGUUACAGGCACCUUGUUUAAUGGAUACAUAGCACCUGAAUACGCAAUGAACGGGCUGUGCUCCGAGAAAGUUGAUAUAUACAGCUUUGGUGUCGUCAUCCUCGAAACCAUUAGUGGAAAAUGCUCCAAUGACAUGCUUCAAAAUGAAUUUCUCUCACUAAAACUCGUUGAUCAUGCAAGGAGUUUAUAUGAAAACGGCGAUCAUUUGACUCUCAUGGACGUUACACUAGAUCCAAGUGAAUAUAUGAAAGAAGAUGCAAAGAAAAUCAUAGAGAUAGCGUUGAUGUGCAUACAUUCAACAGCUUCAGCGAGACCAUCGAUGUCUGACGUGGUUAUACUUUUAAGUGGACUUUCAUCGGAGGUAAAACGUCCAAUAUUGAGAUCUAUGAUGGACGAUUCUGAUAUGAAAAUUCAAGUAGAAUUCUAGUAAAUUUCCAUGCGACGAGUGAUCAUUACAAAUUGAGAUGUUUGUGGUUUGUGC